GUCCAAUAAGACUGACAUUCGUCUGUCACUUGAUACAACAUACCAAGUGCUAAACCGAAGGAGGAGCCGGUUGAAAGGCCCGGGACACAACCUCUCGUGACCUACUCGUGGUAUGAUAUCGAUAUCUUUGACCGUGGCUGUCGGGCUCUGAAAUAAACCUAUGCUACUAGUAGCGGGGUAUGCCAGACAGCACUCAAAGAUAAACUCAUUAUACAACGAAAGCUUCGCUUCUCUGAUGACUGGUCUCGGUAUAUCAUCAAUUGUUUUUCUGAUCUUCACCGCCCAAGUUUGGAUCUAUUUCAGAAGACAUACCAUUCAAUCUCGAGAAAACUGGCAGAGCAAACUUCUCGUUGCCAUCAUUUGGUUGAUGCAAGCUGCUCAAAUGGCGCUUACCUCUCGGAUCGUGAGCGUUCAUACAGCGGAUUUCGAGGAUUUCCCCCAAUUCAUUGGUCGUAUGUCGACAGAAUGGGCUAUUUACACUGGAAUAUGUACCUUGACAACAUCCCUUGUGCACUGUGUCUUCAUCUGUAGGGUUUGCAGUCUUGAGAAGAGUCUCUGCGGUAGACGGAGAAUGACAUUUGUUUUGAUUGCAUUUUGUGCCAUGGAGCAAGUUUUUGGUUGUCUCAAGACUAUCUUCAUAUUGUUCAAACUAAACAAUCAUACUUACUACACGAUGGCUCUUUGGGCUCCCCCAAUUUCAAUUGGUUGUUCAGCAAUUGGUGACAUUCUUAUCGCUGGUACUUUGGUCUACAUCCUUCACAGUAAUAAAACUGAGUUACCAAGAACUAACCGAAUGAUCACGAAACUCAUAAUCUUUUGCUCACAAACGGGCUUGAUUACAACUGUGGCGGCAUUCAUUACUCUUGGAAUUUGGGCAGUCUGCAGUUUCGUCAUCAAACAUCUGUAUACGUGUUUUCCGAUGGGGUGCUUAUAUGCCACUUGUCUGCUCGCUAACUUCAUUGCCCGUGAUUCCUACCUACAGCCACAGACAGUCCACGAGAGCGACAUCUCCACAAUCAGUUCUGCACGUUUCACCAAGAACGUUCAUGUGGACUUGAAUUUAAAGUCGUCGUCGGACACAAAAUCGGGGCAUCAGGAGACAUUGGAAAUGGAAGAGGGCAAAAGUUCCGACCUCUGCAUAUCGAAAACGUUUCCACAAUAAAUUGAGUUUUGAUUAGCGUUCCCUACAUGUGUACAUAACGCAGAAAUAAAAGUGCCUCCUCUUUGUUUUGUCAAAUUUGA